UGUGGUCCUCUGCAUCUGGGCCGUCGCCGCGCUCUUCUGCCUCUUGGGUUCCAGAAAAACCCCGCCUAAAUCCGGCGGACCCCGCCCCGGCUCUCCGCCUUCCUUCCAGGUCCUUCUGAAAAUGUAUUUAUCGAGUUCACAGGCUCCAAGAAUUCUAUCCACAACUUCUUUAGGUUAAGAACCUCCUGCUUUUGCUCUGCUACCUGCUGUAUUUAUUAUAUGGAAGCGUCUAAGCACUGUAAGGGUGAGUCGGAAUUUUUCAAAACACAUGUGAAACGUACGUAAAGGACUCUAGAAACAGAAGGACUUGACAGAGAGAGGCCGGCACAGAACUCCACAAAGGUGUGCUGCACGGAAGAAAGGUAGCCAGUCUUCCUGUGUGACCUGGAGGGGACAUUUGGGAUAACGACUCCUCUCUCGCCUAAGUUGAAUAAGCACCUUGUGCACUUUAAUCUCCUGUCGUGCCAUCAGGCUGACUGAAGACAGUGUUCUGAAAUCUCAGCUGUAAAGACAUCCCGCCAACGUCUCCAUCUUGCCUUAACCAUGUUCCAGAGACUGAAUAAAAUGUUUGUGGGUGAGGUCAAUACUUCUUCCAACCAAGAACCAGAAUUUAGUGAGAAAGAGGAUGAUGAAUGGAUUCUUGUUGACUUCAUAGACGCUUGCGCUGGUCUCUCAGCAGCAGAAGCCAAAGCCGAAGCCAUCAGUGAAGAGUCACGUACUGAGCACCCUCCAGUCUUUUCCUGUUUACCUGCAUCUCUCGAGUGCUUGGCUGAUACCAGUGAUUCCUGCUUGCUCCAGUUUGAGUCCUGUCCGAUGGAGGAGAGCUGGUUUAUCACCCCUCCCCCGUGUUUUACUGCAGGUGGAUUAACCACUCUCAAGUGGAAACCAGUCCCUAUGGAAAACCUUCUCAUUGAACACCCCAGCAUGUCUGUCUAUGCCGUGCAUAGCUCCUGCCCUGGUAUCAGUGAGGCCAGCUGUGGGACUGAGGAAUGUCCUGACCCAAGUACCCCCAGGGUGGAGACUCAAGAUGAAAUGGGGCAGCACAUCCAUUGCUAUGUUGCAGCUCUUGCAGCCCAUACAGCUUUUCUGGAACAACCCAAGAGCUUCCGCCCUUCCCAGUGGAUAAAAGAACAUAGUGAAAGACAGUCUUUGAACAGAAAUAGCCUUCGUCGCCAAAAUCUUACCAGGGAUUGCCACUCUAGGCAAGUCAAGCACAAUGGCUGGGCUGUCCAUCAGCCCUGCCCCCGUCAGUACAAUUACUAAGAAUUUCAAGAUUGGUUGGAUUCUCUUGGUUUGUGCAUAUGUGUGUGAACGUGUGUGGACGGACAAUGAAGAUGCUGUUUCUUUACAGCCAACUGAUGACCAAUCACAUAGUUUUAUCGAUGUGUUUAGACACUAUCUUGAAAACCAGAUUUACAUGCUGUGUACCACAUAAUGCCUUGCUUUUAACAUUUACGUUUUUGUAAAUUUUUUCAGAGUAUUUUUGGAAACAUAUCAAUACAGUUACAGUGUUUGGUGUUUGGGGAUGUCUUUAAAUCUAUUAAGGUGUACAUGAGUUAGCAUUCUAAAGACAUUUCUUCCCAAGUAUGAGAAUAGGCAUCUUUCAAUUUCAUUUUAUUUUGUAUUACUUAAUCAAUAUUUUGAGUAAGCAAAAAUUUAUUCUCAGGGUCAGCCAUACACUUUAUUGACCAGUACUUGAUAAUCUUUUCUGUAUAUAACGAAUACAUUUUUACACACUAACAUGAGCAUUAACAGGUGAUAGUUGCCAUGGAUACAAUGGAAUUAUGGCUGAACUUUCUCUUGAAAGAAAACUUGAUAUAUUUCUGUGUGUAUAGGUUUGGUUUUUUUGUUUGGUUUUUGUUUUUUUUUUUGUUUUUUCCUUCCAGAUUAGCCAUGCAGUUCAUUUUGGAAUUCAGGUACAUAUUAAGUGUUAGCGAACAGUGCAUUCAGUAAUUCCGACGUGACUGUGUGACGUGGUACAGAGACAUUGCAAGUAUCGUGGGACAAAAGCACUCAUCUCCCACGCAGAGGGAUUCAAUUAGAUCUGUGAAAUUGUAUUUGGAAAAAUGUAUGUCUACAACUAACCUGUUAGUCCACUAUUUAACUCGUUUGGAGUCUUUCCUGUCAGCUGUCAACUCAGAAGUACUCGUCCGGGCACUUUAGUGACUUCUUAUUGGUGACUGUCCAAGGGAAAAGAGGUAGGCUUUGUAUGGCUGAUACGGUGAUCCGUCCUUUGCCGUGGAGCCUGUCCUGCCAGUGGCAAGCAAGGCUGAGGAGGGACUCCUGGUGAUGUCUUUUCCCAGCGUCUAAAUAUGAAGAGUGACAGGUUGGCUCCCUUGAGUUUCCUUUUUUUGUUGUUUUUUUAGCUGGGGCUUCAGGCAGAAUCUUUAACCACUUUGGCCUCUGUUUCCUCCACCAGUGGGGGAGUAGUAAUAUUUACCUCCCUCACAGUUGUUGUGAGGACUGUGUACUGAUGGGAAGGCUGAACCUGGUGUGAAAUUCCAAGGGCCUCGCUACUGAAUCUGAUGAUGGGGAUGGGGCCUGUGGCAGCUUUUCUGCCACAUCUGUUCUUCAGAGUGUUGGUGCUAAUGAGGCCAGGGGUCAGGGCUCGAGUCACACAGAGGCCAGUUAACACAGAGAAAAAUCUAUUUCGUACCUCCAGCCGGUCACUUUAUUUUUUAGCAGUUGUGAUGGGUUUUGCUGAGCCAUCCACAUUCACCGGGUCCCUCUCAAACUAAAUUAAACAUACACAAUCCAAAGCACAUUCUCCUGACAGAACGGUAGUAUCCCCUUUGUAAUCAAAUAGCUUAUUUUUCCAUCUCCUCUGCAACCCUAAUUAAAUAAAUACAUGUCUAUAUAAGGUUUUCAAGGGAAAAAGCCUAUAGUUAUGUGAAGUAUUAUAUUUUUCGGUAACCCUGUAACAGCUCGGUGCAGGGAACUAUGGGAGAUUUUUUUUUUUUUUUUUUUUUUUAAUGAAGAGCUGUGCUCUUUCUGCCUGGGACGUUUGGAGUCAGAGGAGGUCAAAUAGCGUCAUGAGAUGGUGGUCGUAGGUGGUUCUUCCCCUGGCCGUGAUGAAGUGCCAGGAAUGUCUCUUUAGAACAAGAGUCUACAUCCCCCUUCUUUCCUCAUUCCCUUUCCAGUUCAACUACCCCUUUAUUUAUUUGUUUUCUGAUUAGGGGCCAAGUCUGUAAAGUUUUGUCAAACUGAGCUAGAAGUUAUUUUGUUACUAUUUGUGUUUACGAAAGUUGAGAGGUUAAGGUAGAGUUUUCAUGAAGGUGUGUAUGUUUUACACCAUAUCUGUUAUGGGCCAUAUGUUGGUAACUUGAAAAUAGACCAGCUAAAUGUUUUCUGGAUGUAAGCCUCUCAAUACAUGGGGGUUUCUUUUUUCAUAUAUUACAUGCAAGUUGUUAGUACCUCACAAACUACCGAAGUUCAGCCAUCAGAAUUUGUUUGGCAGCAUGAACAGAUUUGUAUAUAAAAUAGCAAUGGUCUUUUUUUUUUACUAUUAUUUUUUCAAAUUUCCUGAUACCUGAAAUACAUUUACAUCUCUAUCCGUUACUCACUUUUUGUUUGCCUUAUAUCUAGACCAGUUUUUUAUGGUUUAUACCUGGAAAGCAAACACUUUCAGUCUUGGGGAUGUUUUCUUAGGCUAACCAUGCCAUCUGUCAUAUCAGACUGGUUUCUGUAUCAAUAGCUAAGGUUUCUGCCUGAAAUUGGCACGUUAGAACUGAAGAAAGUGGUUACACAAUUCAUUCUUGAUCAUUAGAUGUUUGUUAGGCAUCUACUGUGUGCAAGGCACAAGACCAAUAAUAACAGAAUGAUGUUGACCUGUUAAGUAUUCUUCGAAACAUGGCCAAAAUGCAAUUUAUUAUAAGUUAAUUAUUAUUUCUGCUGUUGUAAAUAUUAGUGGUUUACAUUGUGCUUUCGUGCAUAUUUCUUAAAGCUUCAAGAAGGCAGCGAGAAAUCAGACCCCUCUGAAUUUAGUGCUCUGACAGCUUCUAGACUGAUACAUAGAAUGUUACUUGGAAAAAGUCUGGAAUAUGUGGUGCACACAAGCCGUGCUUCGUGAAUGAGCUUCUUAGUUUUUAAAAAUGCACCAGGUUCCUCAAAGUUUGUGUUUUUGUUAAUAAAACAUUUUAUAAUGUAUUUUCUAUGUUUAUUACUUUUUCUCUCUCAACUAAUUAUGUAUUGCACUGUAAGUUGAACAUGAACCAUCCAUUAUUUAUCUUCUGUGGCAAUGCAUUUAUAUGGUUGGGUGGGUGGGGAAUUUUUUGCAGAAGGUGCACAGUGACUGGAUUUUUGACUUUCUACUCCAGUGAGCUUUUUCUACAAUAAUUUCCUGUACAUUUUCCCCGUUCCCAGGCAGGCUGUUCCUGCUGACAUACCUUCUCUGUUGCAUCAGUACUCUGAUUCUAGUGAGAAGACGGUUUACUUAAAACUUGAACGGGCCGUUCAGCAUCGCCUAUUGAUUUUACUUCUCAAAUCUGUGUAGUACACUGGUUUGUCAUCUUUACAUCUUCAUUGAAUCCGAGUGUCUCCUAUUUCUGUUCCUCCUCAAGGAAAGAUACUGUCUUUCUAUACUCUUAGUAGAAAAGAGCAAAAAAGUAUCUUAUCCUCAUUUUCUUUGAAUUGGAAACAAAAGAAAGCAAAAAAAAAAAAAAAAGAAAGAAAGAAAAGAAA